ACAGGCCCGUUUAACACUGCCAUUUACAGUAGCAUGACCUUUAUGUUUGCGGUUGUUCACUAAACUACUUUAGCUGCUAUCACUUUGACAUCGUAAUCAGAUGCAGACAGGGUUAUCAAUAACCCAAGUCCAGACAGACAGACACUCGAUCGGAUGAAAACACUGCGAAUAGUGUGUGAAUUCGUAACGACAAGAUGGAUUUUAAAAACUCAUGGAAUAUUUAUUGGAUCUGUUUAUUAGUUUGCAUCGUAGGCGUUUUCUCAACUUCACUUGACACUAGCAGAGUUGGCCGCGUACGCCGUAACGCAUUUCAGAUGUGUCACAUGAUCAACCAGUACACAGGCCGCUCGUGCCUCAGCUUCAAUCCGUACGGCUGUUUCUGUGGUUACGGACAGAGGGGGAGUCAGCCCGUGGAUGCUGCGGACAGAUGUUGCAAGGCCCACGACGAUUGCUACGGGGAAGUCCACACGGAGCACCACUGCAGCUUCUGGAGCGGCCUCUUUGUGGGAUACAACCACCACUGUACCGGCACCGGGUGUAUGUGCAAAGAUGAGGCCAAGUGUGCCAGGAAGGUUUGCGACUGUGACCUGCAGCUUGCCAAUUGUCUCGGCAAGUCAGAGUUCAAUCCCCAGUACCAGCACUACGAUCGCAGACAGUGCGUCUGAUGAUUCAGUCAUGUGACUUUUCUUUCGGUCACGCGGGUUCUCUUUGCAAUCUCUAACUGUAUUACGAAAACAUCUGCAGCCAAGUGUAUAAAUCGGAUAACUCUUAUCCAGCGGAUAACUUUUGGUUAUUUUCACUUUAGGAUAUUUUUUGGGUUAGCGAUUGCAUAAAUAAAUAUAUAUCCUAACAGGUGCACGUUUUGGUUACGUUUCGGCCAUUUUUUAGCCAUGGUAUUUGACAUCGGUUAUGGUUAUAUGAAUAAAGGUUUUAGAAUCCAAUCUUGGCUAAAGAUAUCGAGAUUUAUAAAAUUGUCUGCAGCAUUUUAUAUGCAGUAUACAACGUAUACGAACAAUUCUGAUACUUGUAAAUGGAUUCAGGAUUUCCGUUGUACAUUUGUCCAUUGAUAUACAGUCCAGGAAUGUACGUUUGGCAAGCAGUGAAAUGUUUUGCAAGAGAUACAAUAUUUGCAUUGAUAAAUUACGUUGUGUUACACUAUAUUAAGGAUUAAGAUAGAUCUGCCUAUUCUUUCCAGUCUGUAGUUUUUUUCCGAACUGCACAACCUGCGUUCUAGUGGGAUUAUUUGCAUUUCAGCAGCAUUAUUUAUAAACAUUGUAUUUAUAAACAUUAUUUUUAAUGUAAUGUAUAUAUAGCUGUCCCCUUUAAAAUGAUGACGACUCAUCAUCACAUAACUGCUUUAGCAAGUUUCUUUUCUGUGUAAGACAGUAAUAAAGUAAUUGUUAUUAACGAUGUUUUUCAUUUAUAUUAAAAAAAAUAAUCUGGUAUUUUUUUUUAAUAAUUGCGUAUGUAUAUACAUGU